UUUGCUGACAGGCGGUACUUACGUCAAGGUCAUUUAGGGACAACCUGACUCGUCAUCAAUAUGUUGUAAACUUCGGCAGCUGUUAAGACUAGUUAUCCUGAUAUUUCAAGUUUUGUUUGGACGAAAUAAUAUUAAUCUUCUGGACUAUAAGUCUGAUAAAGGAUGAUAUAAACACUUUUUUUAUAAUCGGUCUACCUUGACCACAAAUCAGGUAGCGUUCUUCAUUUGUGCCUUUUUCUUUGUCUUACAGAAUGUUUGUACAGUUCUAAGCAAAAGAAUAUAUUUCAAACAUAUCUCCAGCGCUCAAUUUUUAAACCAAAUGAUAUUGGAACUUUAGUUUGAUUUUGGUGUCCAAUAACUGAUAAUUUUGCCUUGAUCAUCAACUCUCCACUUUGCGAAGUAUAUUACGUAUAUACAGCCUGUAAACAACAAUACUGACCGGAAUUCGUUUAAUUCAUUACAAUGUCGGUAGAUGUAAUCACACCACAACUAAGACAGAAGGUUUUAGAUCAACUCCGCGAAGUAACAUCAACUCGUAAACUCCCCAAAUCUCCGGAAGAAAUUGAAAAUCUCAUGUUGGAGAAAUCACGUGGUGUUAAAAAAACUUACCUGAACCUCCUAUCUAAGGUUAUCAACUCAAGUUCUACCGGUUCGGGUAUGCCAGCUAAUGUUCAUGUACCUCCAAACGAUCCUAAUAUUCAAAUGCAGUCCGUUGGAAAUAACUUUCAAUUGAGUGGACAGCAACCACAACAACUAAUGAAUACUCAGAUCAUCUCUUUACCACGAUCUGGACCUACUACAAUUCAAUCGCAUCCUCAAAUUCUUCAAGUUAUGUCACAAAAUAUGUCUAAUAAUAUUAAUAAUAUACAAAUAAAUCAUAAUCGUCCAAGGUAUACUAUUAGUUCACAUCCUAUUCAACCACAAUAUCAAUCAUAUUCUCAAAAGGGUAUUAUUCAACAGGAUGGUACAAUUCUUGGAGCAUCGUCAACACAUUGUAUUCCUGUUUCGACAAUACCUAAUCGUGUUUUUUUACCUUCGGGUGUUACAGUUACUCAGUCUGGCCAAAUUAUUCAAUGUACCACAGGAUCUGGACAACAACCGGUCCUCAUAUUCCAACAACCUCAGUCACAAAAUACUUCACAAAUAACUUCGUUAUCAUCUGCUGAUCAGUCUCUUUCACGGCAAUCAAUAAUCAAUUCUCAAACGAUGGGAUCAUCUACAUCUAUUAAAUCAGGCUGUCAACAGGACGGUGUCUACGUGGCCACAUCUAGCCCAAACGCUGUUCUUAUUCGAACAUCUAGUUCUGGUUGCCUCACAGUUAUUAAUCCAUCGGGUACAAGUAGUGAAUUACCUCAUAUUAAUUCUGGACAACAUUCACUACACGGUGCUAAUGACAAUUCAUCAUUAUCUAUUUCUUCAGCAACCGUGUCUAAACCUGUUCUCACAGUAAUACCAAAUCCCACGGGAACACAAACAAAAAUUAUUCGUCCAAGUUUAGCUCAAUCACCUAAAGUUGGUCUUAUUCCUAAUAGUCAACUUCAAACAAGAUCCAAUGUACCCGUCACUCAACAGUAUCAACCAAGACCAACUAUACAGUCAAAUCCUACACCUGUAAUUUCAAAAGUCCAAAGUUUUGCACAAGGUGACGUACUACAAAUAUCUGAUAAAGACAAUAAACUACCUGAAACGUCUACUACUUCUAACACUACCACUACUACUACGACUACCUCUACUACUAGCAAUAAAAAAGGUGGUGAAGUGAAAUCUUCUGAAGUUCAAGCUCAAAUUGUCAGCGGUCUAACUGAUAUAGCGAAUCGUUACUUAUCAACUGUAAAACAUGCAAUUCAAUUGGCAUCUAAAAGACCGGAAGCCGCUGGUUGUGUUCGAAAAUAUAUUAAAUUAAAAGAUAUUUUAGAACAUCCAGAAGCAAAUUUAAAUGUACUAUCAUUUGCACAACUUCCAUUAAUUGAAAAAUUAUUACAUGAGAUAGAACGAAAUCCAAUGCAUUUAGUUGAAGAACAUCUUCAACGUCAAGCUAAAGCAAACGCUGCAAUUUCUUCUCAUGGUACAUCAUCGUCAUCAUCAUCAUCUAUAAACACUAGUAAAACCAGUACAAUAGGUCAUAUGCAAUCACAAAAACAAGAUAGUCAACAACAACAGUCUCAGCAGUCACAACAAAUUUCACGUCAACAUUUGAAUCAACAAUCAUCUCAGUCACAUUCUGUUCCAGCUUCGAAUCAACAGAAACAUUCAACUGUUAUUAGUCAACAGUCAUUAAAUCAUUUUCAAGUCCCGACUACUAAUUUAAACACACUUCUAUCUCAACCUUUCGAUGCUCCAAGUCCAACCGGUGUAGUAGACAUUCAGCAACAAAGUAUUCAUCCUCGACCACCUACUCAUUUCUCACCAGCUGGUAUAAAUCCCACUAUCUCAAGUACUCAAAGUCCUGAUAUUUCGACCAAAGCAUCAACAGCUCUAUCAGGAGCAGUUAUGGAACAUGGUCGAUUGCCACAUCCUAAUCGUGUUACUAUAUCAGCUUCUCUGCUUGGAUCAUCUACUCCAAGUAAUGCUGAACCAACAGGAUUUUAUGCUAAUUUACAGUUAUUAGCUACAGAAUUCGAGAGAAUGUCUGACCGUAUGUCACAAGAUCAAGCUUAUUCUCGUCGAAUUUUCAGAGCGAUUCAUGAUAUUUCAUUGGAGACGAAAUCGUUCAGAGAAAGUAUUGGAUUUUGCUUACCUCAAGAUACGGAUCAAUUUGUUGGGCAAAAUAAUAAAUGUACCCUAACAACUAUUGAUGAUUAUUCGAAUAAAACAAAUCCAUUAAUUACAACGUCUAAUUUAACUGGUAACAAUCGUAAUAAUGAUACUGUUUUGAAUUCAUUAAAACGUAAACAUUCUUGUGACGAUGAUGAUAGUAACAAUAUCAGUCAACCAAAUACCACUGGGUUAAAUUCUUUUGUGAAACCCAAUGAGCAAAUAGAUGAACCGAUAAUUAAUAAUACUGUGUCAUUGUCCCCGUCGUCUUCAUCAGUAAAUGAAUAUGAACCAAAAGCGAAGAGAGUAUGUGUUAGUUCAGUAUCUGGAAAUGAUAAAAAUGAAAAAUCCAAUUCACAUAUACAACACUCGUCAUCGAUUAGUACUACUACUAGUAGUAAUAAUAAUGCGGAUGAAUUACAAACACCCACACUAUUAACUAAUAAGGAUGGUACUGGUAUUUUCUUACCUACAUUGUCUUCACCGUUAUCACCGUCUGUAAUUAAGACUGACCAUCAGGGGUUAAACGGUUCAUCCGAAAAAUUGUUUUUACAAACAGAUAUAGUGUAUAAUCCAGAAUCUGAUCCAUUAGAGCAAUUCCCUACAGAUCAAUUAAGUCGAUUAAAUCCGAAAAUUCUCAUUGAAAUAACUAAAUUACAGGCAUUAAAUAUUCAAGUUGAAGGCAAUUCACAUCCCCCAUGUAUUGAUGAUAUGGAAAGUUACGCUACAUGUUUAGAUGCUGGUGAAUGGAAUACAAGUUGUCAUUUAAAAUUAACUUAUUUAGAUAAGGCAUGUUAUUUACCAUGUGAAUUGCCAGAAUUCUAUAUCCGAUUAACUCCAGACUAUUUACAAACUGGUCAAUUAAAUUGGUUUUACUUACCAAAAUUGAAAUUUCUAUCUUUAUUAAACAAUUCAAAUAAAGAUAAUGUAAAUCACUUGGAAAAUUCUGAACGAUAUCUAAAUUUUUAUUAUGAUGAAUUAAAUAAACAAUUUGAUCGAAUGAAACAAUUAACAGAUCAUCGAAAGAGUUUAGUAAAAAUUGGUAAAACAUGGACCAGUGUUAUCUGUGCAUCAAUGGCUCGUUUUUAUAAAUUUGAUCAUAAUUUGUUAAUAAUUACAACUAUCAAAUCAACUCAACAAAAUAGUCAAUUAGUUUGUUAAAUAAAAUGUGAUAUCUAUGCAUACAUUUAAUAUGUUUUGAAAAUAAUAAACAUCAGUAUAUAAAUAUCUCUUUGUUUGUUUUAAUGAUAAAAUGUUAUAUCAAUUUAAUACUUGACUUGUUAUUUCAAAGUUUCAUGCCUAUUACUGAUGAAAUAUCAAUAAUAAUUGAUGUGUAUCG